AUGGCUUCAUCCCAUUCUCCAUCUCUUUCAUCCCAUCCAACGGCGUGGAACCAGGCCUGGAAUGAUGCACAACAACAGCUUACACAAAUCAGACAGUCGUUGCUCUCAUUUAAUACAGCCUCCCCGCGCAUAACGCGCGUCGGACAGCUCGACUCGGAGCUACUGGACCAGGAGCUCGUACAGCUACUCAAGGAGCCUUUGACCAAGGCCUUGAGCCUCGUGAAUUCGGCUUGGAAGGCGCGCCUCGAGCCUGAAUUAGGCCUGUUCAUCCAGCUCACGCUUUACAAACUGUCCGUUUGGGACCUCGGUGCAAGCUAUGGCGCGCAGCUUCAGGGAUUGCGGUACGGCGCUGAAGGCCAGCGCAGCGGCCCCCUUGCAACUUCUGGGCUUCCUCGCAACAAGCUCCUCUUGCAUGGAGCUAUGACACUCCUCGUCCCUUACCUGCAUGCACGCAUACGCGCCCACGCCCUCAGUCGCGCUUGGCCUGAUGCGCCAUCUCUGGAUAGACGGCGCAAGGCUUGGGAGCUGCUCACUCGCAUGGAAUCCGCACAUGGCUGUCUGAGUUUACUGAACUUCGUUUCCUUCCUGUGGAACGGUCGAUAUCGUACCACUGUCGAUAGACUACUCGGGAUGAGGCUUGCCCCCGCACGGCGGCUAUCUAGGCGUGACGUAUCAUAUGAGUUCAUGAACCGCCAGAUGGUCUGGCAUGCAUUUACCGAAUUCCUGUUAUUCCUUCUCCCCUUAAUCAACGUGCGGGCCCUCAGGCGUCGAAUAACGGCGCUUGUAUCACACGCGAGUCCGUCCGCUUUACUUCCAGGUCCAAUACGUGCUGCCUUUGGGAUCAAUGCGGACGAAAAAGGCGUCGGUAGAGAGCAGAUCCGUAGGGGUGCCUACUGGGCAUUACCACUGGACCAAUGUGCCAUUUGCGCCGAGAACGCCUCCAGCAGCAUGAAUAUGACAGACUCUGCCAAUGCCAUGUCCUCAAUGGCCACUACCUACGCGAACGCCAGUGCGACGAAAGACGAGCAGCCACCAGAGAGCUCUGACCUGAGUGACGAGCCUCCCCCAUACCCAAUACACAGUCCAUACAUCACCUCCUGCGACCACGUUUAUUGCUACUACUGCAUUUCGGAGCGCAUGGUGCGUACUGCGGAGGACAGAUCCGGGGUCGGGCAGGGAGGGACACAGUGGGAAUGUCUGCGAUGUAGCGAGGGCGUGGCGAAUGCGGAAAGAUUGGAGGCAGAGGCGGAGGGCCCAGACUAUGAGAGCGGGGUGGACGAUGAAGAUGAAGAUGGCGGCAGUUAUGAGUUUGGGAGCGAGGACAUGGAGUUCACGGAUAUGAGUGGAAGCGUCGGUAGUUACAGCGGAUCGGGAUUUUCAGAGUAA